AUGUUGCCAAUUACUAGCAGCAUGAGUCAUGCUCGAUGGAAACACAUAGCAGCGCUAUUAACAGAUGGGAAAGUGUUAGUUACUGGUGGAUUUGAUCAUAAUGAUCAAAAUAGUGCUGAAUUGUAUGAUCCAUCAACAGAAACUUGGACAACUAUUGAUAAAAUGAAUAAUGUAUGAGACGAACACACAGCAACUGUAUUAAAUAAUAGAAAAGUGUUGGUUACUGGUGGAUCACAUGUUAGUGUGGCUUUGAACGAUGCAUAACUAUUUGAAUCAUUCGAAAUAAGUUUAUUUCUUAACGACUUUCAACAUGAUUAGUCUCUUCUUUAACUAUCAGAGACCGAAACGAGUCAAAAAACAUCCAAAUUGUCUCGACUCGACACGGGUUGAGCCGCCGAGUCUCGGUUCAAACAACGAAUUUUCAAAAUCAUAUUUUAUUAGAUAACAAGAAUAAAUGAUAAAAUUAACAAACUUCGCAAGAAUGAGUCAAGAGAAAAAGCUGUUAGCGCAAUCCCUUGUGGGAUUAAAAAUGUGAAACACGAUGGACCUAUUGUUACUAAUUAAACGGAAAUCCUUUUGUUCCAUUUCCUUACAACACAUUUGUAGUUGACCGUGUAUCUGAUGCUUUACAACUACAGUUUCUCUGCCACGGUCUGUGAUAGAUACGGGGAUUCUCUGUCACGGUCUGUGGGGAGGGGGGGGGGGGGGGGGGCGGGGGAAGUGGGUCCAAAAUUUCUACCCUAAACACUUCAACACUCCUUUCAGAUUGUGUUUCAUAAAAAAAACUAUAAACUGGAUUAAUCGCUUGUUGUUCUGAAUGCGACGCAAGAGCAUCAAAUUAUUGACUGUUGACAGAUCAAGAUUUGAGGGUGUGGGUGUGGGGUGUGGAUGUGUGGGUGUGGGUGUGGGGUGUGGAUGUGUGGGUGUGGGUGUGGGGUGUGGAUGUGUGGGUGUGGGUGUGGAUGUGUGGGUGUGUGAGGGUGUGAGUGUGGGUGUGUGGAUGGGUGUAGGUCCGAAAAAAGACCAUUGUGGACGAAAACACCCACCCACAUCCACACCCACAACUCUUAAUGCCUCUGCCCAUGACGAUCUGUUUAUGCUUUUGUUUUGUUCGACUGGUGCAAUUCAAUGAGUUAAUAUUGUAUUAUAAGAAUUCACGAAACAAUAAUGGCAUCUAAUGCCAAGAAACAAGUGAAAAAAUUACUGAAAAUUUUCGAAAAAGUUGAGCUUCUCGAGUGAAACUUGGCUCGGAAAUGGGUCUGGCUUGACUCGACUCGUUUUUUUGUCUCUGUUGACUAUUG